CCCGUGGCGCGGUCAGCGACCAGGCCGUCAGCUCGCGGCAUUCGGCAUACUGCAGUAAGACAAGCUCAUCGCAAAUAUGAGCCUGACUUCCAUGAUAAGUAUGGAAACCUGGUACUCCUUGGUGGAGCCGCAGUUUUUACUGCUGUCUGGGGAUAUGUGUUUACACAGGCUGGAAUUGAGUGGGGCUUGUCACCUGUUGGCAGAAUCACUCCAAAAGAAUGGAAGGAGUGA